AUGAGUGCCAACGUGUUAAACUUCGGUGUGAUAUUAACAGUGUUACGCAUAAUCAAUGGAUAUGAGAAUAUAGCUUUAAAUAAACCCACACAUCAAUCGCAAGCGUAUUGGUCUCCAUACUAUGCAGAGGGUACAUUCAACUCCAGCAAUGCUGUUGAUGGUCUAAAGACUGACCUCUCAGCUUUUGGAGGGCAAUGUGUAAUAUCAGGUGAUGGAUAUAAAACUGCUACCUGGUGGGUGAACUUGACGUCCAUUUACAGCAUCCAUGAUAUAAGGAUAUAUCACAGGACAGGCAAUGUACCAUGGGAUUCUGCAAAUGGCUACACGAAAUAUUUUUUGGGAUUUUAUGUUUAUGUUUCAAAUACGACAGAAACACUCGAUGGGCAUUUAUGUUUUCAUGACACAAUCUAUACCACAUCCACAAUUCCAGCCAUCAUUGACAUACCGUGUCCUGUACAUGGACAAUUUGUUAUCUACUAUAACGAGAGACCACAGAGAUCAGCACAUUCUAAACUGUAUUCAAAAUACGCACACAAUGAUAUAUGUGAAGUGGAGGUGAAUGGCUGCAAUAAAACAGGUUACUAUGGACCUACUUGUUCCUUCCCCUGUCCUGACACGAACUGUCGUUAUUGUCAUGUAGAGACAGGUGCUUGUCAGGGAUGUAAACCUGGUUACAAGGGACAUCAAUGUGAAUUACAAUGUGGCGAUGGUACAUAUGGACAGGAUUGCGGACAAAAAUGUAGAGCCUGCCUGGGACAACAAUGUCAUCACAUCAAUGGGUCAUGUCCUGAAGGCUGUGACGCUGGGUAUGAAGGAACAUUUUGUGAUAAAGAGUGUUCAGCAGGAACAUUCGGAAAUAACUGUGAACAAGAUUGUAAUGAAAACUGCGGUGAACCCUUAAAAUGCAAUAGAACGACCGGGGUGUGUGAAGGUGGAUGUCAACCAGGCUGGAAAGGGCUUCAAUGUACUAAUGAAUGUGAUGGUGGAUUUUAUGGUACGGAUUGUAACUUGCAAUGUGGUCACUGCCUGGAAUCAGCUCAAUGUCAUCCACUGAAUGGGUCCUGUUUAAAUGGAUGUAACGCAGGAUACAUAGGAUCAUUAUGCAACGAAACAUGCAGUCAAGGCUGGUAUGGCUCAGAAUGUCAAGAACAAUGUGGUUAUUGUAAAGGUUAUAGACCAUGUCAUCACGUGACCGGAUCCUGUUCUGGUUUAUGCGAACCUGGGUAUUCCGGAGAUACAUGUAAAGAGAAUGUCUUUUCACAACUCCUUGACAACCAGAGAGAAAUGCUGGAGCUGAUGAGGAAAUUCAUGUCUUUUAAAAGACGGAAUGCACAACUUAGAGAAAGUUUUACAUCUCCAACUGACUUUAUGUAGAGAAAGUAUUCAAUAGUAAAGAAUGAACUGAGCUAGUUUAAUUUUCACAUCAAAUGCAUGAGUUAUAAAUGUAGUAUUUGGGUUUCUAAAAUAAAACAUUCAUUGAGACAAAUCAACAAUGUUCAGUGAGCUGUCAUUGGUAAAUUUAUUCGACUGAUAUGGAAAGUUUAGAUUGAAAAUUUUAAGUGGAAAAGGAUCAUUCUCUAGAAGGCC